AUGCCCGCCCGGGGAUCCGAGUUCUGCAGUUCAAACAGUGCCAUGCAUUGCGCCACGCCACCCGCGGGCCCAUCCCGUUCGCUGUCACUGGUUUUACUGUCGCUGUCGCUCCUGGUGCCAAUAUUUGACGGUAGCCGCGCUACGAUCGCCAGCGCCAGCACCGGGGUCGUGCGAGAGAACUCCGUGGCACCGAAAGACUCCAGCGUCCCGCCGCCAUCACCGACACCGGCUUCAAUCGCGAACGAAAUUGAUCAAUCAAGCGGCUGGCCAACGGUGAGUGGCGAAGGUAGUGCAACGACAACGAUUACCAGUACGACAACGACGAUAGCUUCGUCAUCGAUUGCAACAUCGAUUGCGGCAACCAGCUUGCGUCCUGCGACAGAACACCCGGUACCCGAACGGACCCGUGACCAGGAAACUCAUCCGGAGGUGCCAGAUUUUCCCUCCAACUGCUCGGAAUUCAGCGCAUCUCCGAUCCAACUCGUCUACCACGAGAGGGCCCGCAUCCAGAAGUGUUGCCCACCGGGCCAGAUGAUACAGCCGCUCAGCAACUUUCGGUACGAGUGCGUUCCGGGGAACCGCGAGCUGAGGAUCGAAACGAUCGAAGCGCACUUCUACGGCAACAACGAGUGCAUCGAGGUGGGCGACGAGCCGGUGUCGCUGCCCGUGGUGUCACAGGACCUGUGCCACGAUGCACCGCAAGCGCUCAUGUACAGCGCGGACCAGGGCGACGAGCUGUUUGUGAUGCAGAACGGGUCCCUGCUGGUGCUGGAGUACGGUUCGCUGGUGUCCGUCUUCGACAGCUACUGCGUGGAGAUGACCAGCGAUGCCCGGCUGCUGGCGAAGGUGUGCGAGGAGGUGCACGAGCCCCAGAUUGCGUUCCUGCGGGUGUUCAUCGCGGUUGGCGUCACGCUAGCGACCCUGGCACUGACCAUUACCGCGCUCAGCUACACGUUCGUGCCGAAGCUGAAUGACACGUUCGGGUACCUUAUAGCGGCCCACGCCAGCGCCUUCGCCGUCGGAACGAUAUUUGUCGGGCUGGCCCGGUGCGGGGACCAGUGUGUCGGUGGUGACGGCGGAACCCAUGCCGUCCUCGAACUGUUUGCCAAUGCGUUCCUCGGUACGUCGGUGUUUGUGUUCUUCCUGAUGAACGUCCUCAACACGGUCUACGUUGCAUAUUACAUCCCGAAUGGGCUCGAGUACGAUGGCCACAACAAGCGAGACGUCUACGUAUUGAUCGGAGUGCUCUAUACGAUCAGUCUGAUACCGUUGUUACUGCUGCCAAAGGGUGGACUCAUAUCGAUCGUGUUCAUCUACUACGCGGGGAUCGCCCUAACGCACGCCCUUUCGACGUACUACACGAGACGGCUGACCUCGGGGAUCUAUCUGCAUAUCAACGACACCGCGGUCAGCGGUCAAACGAAAAUUAAUCACGCGCGAUUGAAUGACAUAAGCAAACAGACCCGGCUGUGUCGCAUGGAAGCCGGCUUCUCGAUCGUGUGCUGGAUCGCGUUCGCGGUGCUGAUGCUGGCCACCAACAUGAGCGACUUCCCGCGGAUCGCCGCCGUCUACAUCAUCGUGGUGCAGGGUCUGUUCGUUGGCGUAGUGUUUGUGGCCGGCAGCCAGAAGUGGAUCAUCAUCCGCGAGUGCUGGAGCAACUCGGGCUCGGUCGAUCUGCGGGUGCUGGAGAACGGUAUCGAGAUGAAACGGUUGCGGCACAACGACGACACUGACGAUCGAGUGGUUAGGAUCUCGUAGCUGCCCGAAGCCUUUUCGCCAUUUGCUACAAUCUGUGAUGUUUGCGAGGAUGAUAUUUUCGGCGCGGCGAGUUCGUCGCUAGGUGCCACGCCGUGAAAACUUAAACCGCGCCACCCGAAUACGUAUGUCGAUUUAGGGUAUAGAGAGAGAGAGAGAGAGUAGAAAGAAGUUACCAAAUGCCCAACGGCGGGUUGCGAACGAGGUGCGAGCAACACCACCCCCAACCGAGAGAUCCUCUAUCGUGUGCCAAAAAAGACAAGGACGAGACAGAUGCCAGUGCGCAGCGACACAUCAUCACGGGGCAAACCCCUAGCACGUCUUGUAUAUUUAUAAAUCAGUCGAAAUGUAGUCAACGAACCCUUUUUUAUACA